GCCGGAGGAUCAGGCUUGGCCCGCAAAGCGCGACGCUGAACUCCACAUAACCUGAGGACAAUGGAUGCCGAUGAGGGUCAAGACCUGUCGCAAGUUUCAGGGAAGGAGAGCCCCCCGGGGAGCGACGCUCCGGAGGACGGCGAUGAGCCCAUGCCCGUGCCUGAAGACCUGUCCACCACAUCCGGAGGCCAGCAGAGCUCCAAGAGCGAGCGAGGCGUGGCUACAUAUGGGGCUGAUGGCUUUAGGGAUUUCCAUGCACUAAUUCCCAAAUGCUUCUCUCCCGGUAAUGUUAAAGUAGAGACUCAGAGUGAUGAAGAGAAUGGGCGUGGCUGUGAAAUGAAUGGGGAAGAAUGUGCGGAGGAUUUACGAAUGCUUGAUGCGGCGGGAGAGAAAAUGAAUGGCUCCCACAGGGACCAAGGCGGCUCGGCUCUGUCGGGAGCUGGCGGCAUCCGACUUCCGAACGGAAAACUAAAGUGUGAUGUCUGUGGGAUCAUUUGCAUCGGGCCCAAUGUGCUCAUGGUCCACAAGAGAAGCCACACGGGCGAGCGGCCCUUCCAGUGCAACCAGUGCGGGGCCUCCUUCACCCAGAAGGGCAACCUGCUGCGCCACAUCAAGCUGCACUCCGGGGAGAAGCCCUUCAAGUGCCACCUCUGCAACUACGCCUGCCGCCGCAGGGACGCGCUCACCGGCCACUUGCGCACACACUCUGUUGGUAAACCUCACAAAUGUGGAUAUUGUGGCCGAAGCUAUAAGCAGCGAAGCUCUUUAGAGGAACAUAAAGAGCGUUGCCACAACUACUUGGAAAGCAUGGGCCUUCCAGGCACGCUGUACCCAGUCAUCAAAGAAGAAGCUAAUCACAGCGAGACGGCGGAAGACCUGUGCAAGAUGGGGCCGGAGCGGUCCCUCGUGCUGGACAGACUCGCGAGUAACGUCGCCAAACGUAAGAGCUCUAUGCCUCAGAAGUUCCUUGGGGACAAGUGCCUGUCGGACCUGCCCUACGACAGCAGCGCCGGCUACGAGAAGGAGAACGAGAUGAUGACGUCGCACGUGAUGGACCAGGCCAUCAACAACGCCAUCAGCUACCUGGGCGCCGAGUCGCUGCGCCCGCUGGUGCAGACGCCUCCGGGCAGCGCCGAGGCCGUGCCCGCGCUCAGCCCGCUCUUCCCGCUGCACAAGCCGCCGCCGAGCCACGCGGCCCCGGACGGCGCCGUGGACAACUUGCUGCUGCUGUCCAAGGCCAAGGCGGCCGCGGCGGCGGCCGAGCGCGAGGCCUCGCCGAGCAACAGCUGCCAAGACUCGACGGACACGGAGAGCAACACGGAGGAGCAGCGCGGCGGCCUCGUCUACCUGGGCAACCACCUGGCAGCGCACGCGCGCAACGGGCUGGGCCUCAAGGAGGAGCCGCGCGCCUACGAGGCGCUGCGCGCGGGCGCCGAGGGCGCGCACGAGGCGCUGCGCGUGCUGGGCACGGGCGGGGAGCCGCUCAAGGCCUACAAGUGCGAACACUGCCGCGUGCUCUUCCUGGACCACGUCAUGUACACCAUCCACAUGGGCUGCCACGGCUUCCGCGACCCCUUCGAGUGCAACAUGUGCGGCCACCACAGCCAGGACAGGUACGAGUUCUCGUCGCACCUGACGCGGGGCGAACACCGCUUCCACCUGAGCUAA